AUGAAGAGCGUGACGCUCCCAGUCCUGGCUCUUUGGGUGGGAUGCUGCCCUGGAGGGGCCCUGGCCAAGCAGGGGCUGAGCCUGAGAGAGCCCACGGCCGCGCCAACCCCCGCGGGCACGCUGACCCUGCAGCCGCCGCCCAGCUGGCUCGGGUCCCCCAAUGGGGCCUUCCGCCCACCCGGCUCAGAGGGCCGGCAUCAAAAGAAGGAUCAUAGCCAAGGCCGAGGUGGCAGCAUCACCAAGGAGACCACAGGCCAUGGCAAUCUCAAGAUGAAACACAUCCCUACCCUGACUGACCCUGGCCUAGCCACGCUCCACCUGGAAGAGAAUGAGAUCGCCAGGGUCCCAGCACACGCGUUCAGUGGGCUGCCCAACCUGCAGUGGCUGGACCUGAGCAGAAACAAGCUGGAUGCCCGAGGCUUGCACCCCUGUGCCUUCAAGAAUCUGACGCGGCUGAAGCGGUUGAACCUGGAUGGGAACUCGCUAUCCACAGUGCCAGCCUUGCCCGCCUCUCUGCAGGAGCUCAAGCUCAAUGACAACCUCCUGCAGGGCCUGCCGAGCAGCAGCUUCCAGGGGCUCAGCCGGCUGCUGACACUGGAGCUGGAAGGCAGCAAGCUGCAUGACGGCGACAUCUCUCCCCUGGCCUUCCAGCCCCUACACAGCCUGCUCUACCUGAGGCUGGACCAAAACUGCCUGCAGACCAUCCCACCCGGCCUGCCAGCCUCCCUGCCGGAGCUGCACCUGGGCACCAAUGUCAUCGAGGAGGUGACAGAGGACGCGCUGAAGCACAGCCACAGGCUCACUGUGCUGGCCCUCAGCAACAACCGCCUCCAGGAGGACCAGCUGGCCCCCCAUGCUUGGAUUGAUCUCCCAUGACUGGAGAGCCUUGACCUGUCCCACAACCGGCUGGUGGACGUGCCCUCCUUCCUGCCCCGGGGCCUUCAGCGCCUGGCGCUGCACCACAACCACAUCGAGCGCAUCCCCGGCUAUGUGUUCGCGCACGUGAAGCCGGGCCUGGAGCUCCUGCAUCUGUCCCACAACAGCCUGCGUGCUGACGGCAUCCACGGCAUGUCCUUCCGGGAACUUCACGCCUCCCUGGCGGAGCUGCUGCUGGACCACAACCAGCUGCAGGCCAUCCCACGUAGCCUCCUGGGCCUCAGGGGGCUGCAGGUGCUGCAUCUGAGCCACAACCAGAUCAGACAUGUGCCCCUGAAUUCCAUCUGUGACACUCGAGUGGAUCAGGACUCCAAUCUCAUCUCCACACACCUGGAGAACAACCUUAUUGACCGGCGCUGCAUCCCACCCACCGCCUUCUCUUGCAUCCGGGUCUACCGCAGUGUGGUCCUCUGGCCUCAGCAGGGGGAGGGGGUGGCGGAGGGCUCCUAGGAGCCCCCUGCUCCUUUAGGACUGGUGGGGGGGGCAGGCCUAGCUCCACUUGGUCUUUGCACUACUAGGAGAAAGAUCUAGAAGACCCUGCUGCUUCAGAUGUUCCCCCUUCCCAUUGACUACUGAUGCCCCUUCACUUAGUAAAUGGCCCAGCAGGGUG